UUCCCGCACUUGGGGAAAUCGCAGGGGUCAGCACAAUGGAUGAGCCUUGCCCAGGAAAACCACCUUUCUGAUCAUGGUGUCUCCCCUGCCAGGUACAGCCCAGCAGGGACUUGCUCCUCCUGGCAGGAUGGUGCGGAUCUUGGCCAAUGGGGAGAUCGUUCAGGAUGAUGACCCCCGGGUGAGGACCACAGCUCCACAGAGAGGAAGCACUCCUCGGCAGGGCUUUCUCAACAGGGGCCAUGGUGCCCCUCCAGGGGGCCCUGGGCCCCGCCAGCAGCAGGCAGGUGCCAGGCUGGGUGCUGCACAGUCCCCCUUCAAUGACCUCAACCGGCAGCUGGUGAACAUGGGCUUCCCCCAGUGGCAUCUCGGGAACCACGCUGUGGAGCCGGUGACCUCUAUCCUACUGCUCUUUCUGCUCAUGAUGCUGGGUGUUCGUGGCCUCCUGCUUGUGGGCCUGGUCUACCUGGUGUCCCACCUGAGCCAGCGGUGACCUCUGGGGGCUUCAUGAGGGCGGGUGUGCUGAGUGGGCCUGGCUGGGCUUUGGUGUGAGGCCAAGCACAUGGGGAGGGAGCUGGGGGUGCCUGGAAAGUGUGAUCAGAGAUGGGGCAAUGGGUGUGAAUUUCCCUGCUGUGUUAAGCAGGAGACCUAGGGAGUCUUUAGUCUGGUAUCACCUGAAGUAUGAGUGGGUACCCUGGCUCUCCAGGGAUGUUUUUAAGGGGUACAGCAUCUCCAUUAAGAAGCAAAAGCCUAGGGUAAGAAAGGCUCAAUGUGGUGCCAGUGUGUUGUAAUUUCCCCAGAACAUGAGCUGACUCCCCUUUCCAGGAACAGGCCUGGGGCUUAGAGCUGCGGGGAAGUGUCCAAAUUUUUAUAGCACUCUUGUUUUAAUGGUGUCUUUCUAUUGGGUCCCUUUAUUUAUGACA